AUGGAUUAUAUGAAUGAUGGCAUGGAUGAAGAACUCGUGAGACUUUUUUUUGAAAGUCAAAAUCAAGAAGAAGCCUCAAGCUCUAGAAGGCCAAGACGUCAAAGAAUAAAUAUAGAGAGGAAUCGUGAAGAUAGGCAUGAUCGAUUGUUCAAUGAUUAUUUUUCAGAAACUCCAGUAUACACAAAUGAGCAAUUUCGUCAAAGAUACCGAAUGCAUAAACAUGUGUUCCUUCAUAUUGUGGAAGCUCUGGGCCAACAUGAUGAGUAUUUCCAAAUGAGGGUUGAUGCAACUGGUAGAUCAAGUCUUUCACCGCUACAAAAAUGCACUGUUGUUAUUCGUAUGUUGGCAUAUGGAACGUCUGCUGAUAUUGUGGAUGCCUAUUUAAGAAUCGGUGAAACUACAACACUAAAAUAUGUUGAUAAGUUUACAAGAGGCGUGAUCAGCGUAUUCGGAGCACAAUAUUUGCAAAGACCAGACACUCAAGAUAUUGAACACUUACUUCAAACGGGGGAGGUGCGAGGCUUUUCAGGUUCAAAUAAUGAUAUUAAUGUGUUGAACGAAUCAAAUGUCUUCAACAAUGUUCUGCAAGGGAGAGCUCCCGAGGUUCAUUAUACAAUCAAUCAUACUGAAUACAACAUGGGCUAUUAUUUAUCAGAUGGCGUUUAUCCUGAAUGGGCCACAUUUGUGAAAAAAUCCCAAUGUCGCAAGGGGAUAAGAUAA